AUGGAUACCAAAAGCCCCGAACAACCUGCCCCUGCUGCUCCGCAUGCUCAUGAGUGGUCCAGCUCGUUCUGGGACUGUUUCUCUCCCACUGAAACCUGUCUCAUCGGCUGGUGUGCACCAUGCUGCCUGUUCGGCAAGACCCAAUCUCGCCUUCAGGACCCCGCUCUGAAGGAGCACCAAUACGUCAACGGUGAUUGCUGCCUCUACGCACUCUCCAGCUACUGCGGCCUCUACUGGGUCCUGCUUAUGAUCAAACGAGGCCAGCUCCGUGAACGUUUUGGAAUCCAGGGCUCCACGUUCCAGGAUUGUUGGCAGUCCUACCUCUGCCCGUGCUGCACGCUGGUGCAGAACGAGAAGGAGGUGGAGGCACGGUUUUCGAACACCACUCAGGUUGGGUAUCAGCCUCCUUCGGGAAUGGCUUAUCCUCAAUGA